UUCCGACGACCCAUUAGAGAGUGUGAGACAUUUGCAGCAACACAAAUAGUUCAGUCAAAAUAAGCCAAAAAAGUGAUAUUAUUUCAAAAAUGUUCAACGUAUUUCGAUAACUUCACCCCUUCACAGAUUCUAGAUGUGACAGACAACUAUGACCUGUACCAAUUUUCAGCUCUAUGCGAUUCAUUACAAAUCGAAAUGUUGAUUUUAACCGGACUAAAAGUCGCCUCUAGAAAGCCUACCUUCUGGUGAGGUGGUCUCCAAGUGGGCCACCGACUGCACAUACUUCCACCUCAACCAGUCAGCCUUCACGAGUCGAUCUUUCAACGGUUCUUGUGGACUCUCCGUUAAGACCGCGAAUAUCGCCAUCGGGUUGUUACAGUGUCUGACGCUAAAGAGGGCAGCUGCGAUUCUUUUUUUUUUUUGAUUCUGUGCGCUCUGCAGAUGGUCCGCGAAUCGGAAUAACCGCUCGUGACGCGAUUGGAUUCUGUGAUCAUGUGUUUUGUGGAUUAAAACUUGAUACUGGAAAGAUAAGCCACCAAUAUGGAAGAGACAGUCGCAGUUCCACCGCCGGUACCACCGAAGACUAAGACGCGAACCGCUACGCUGCAAGAAUCCGCAUAUUCAACGGUACUACCAAACGGUACCACUGCAGUGCCUCUCAGCAACAGCCAGUGUGAAUCGCGAGAGACCAAAAACCACGUCGUCAAAAUUCUCAUCAGUCCCCAAAACUGCCGGGGUACUACCAAAACCCUAGUGAACAGUGACAGUACCAGUGACAGUACCACUAGUACCAGCAAAACGAUAGUGAAUAGUGACGGUGACAGACAGAAAGAUGUCGUCUGUGAUACAGCGCCGUGCAUUAGGAUAAGUCUGAACGGAGAUCAGUCUGAUAUGGUUCUGAAGAAUAAUAUGGAUAGGGGGAAUGAAGUUGGGAAUAACUAUUUCUACUAUGGGGGGUUCAAUUUCGGAGUCAUGUCUAGCGGGCAGGUUUCGCCAAGUGAUACUUUGGAUUCUGGUACCUGCAGCGACAUGGAUGGAACUCCUCCACCAGCGAGUAUGAAGAAGAAGAAUGGGGUUUCUGUUACCCUUAUAGGAUCACACAAACGAGCCCCUAGUUCCAGUAGCGGCGCAGAGAUCGACAGUGACGACAACGAAAGCAACAUCAGCUGUGAUUCCCUGAACAGCGGCAAAGUAUCCCCCCUCACCACCCCAAUCGUAGCCACGAAAUCCUCCCUCCUUCCCCCCACCCUCCUCCAAGACAUUCGCCAACGUACCCCAAAAUCCACUUCACCUCCUAAAGUAGACGAAAAAUCAUAUGAAGACAGGAAGAAAGAGACAGAAGAAAAACAAGAAGACGCCAUUAUAGACCCAGAUAUGUUUUACAACUUUCAUAUAAAUGAACACGUGAACGAUAGUGUUGUGUCUAACGUCGAUUCGGUGGUGGAAAAAGAAACUUUCGCAGGCUAUAGGGACAUUCUUGGUGACGGUGCUGCCACAAUAAAGAGUGCUAAGGGGACUGUGCGGGGGGUGAAAAACAGGGUGCGGGCAGGCAUAGCGACGUUCCUGCAGAUCCAGACUACGGGAAAAAACUACAAAGAAAAAGAAGCCGGCAAAGUGGUGGUCUACACGACAACGAUGGGCAUCCUGCGGGAAACGUAUCAGGCGUGCAUGAAAGUGAAGCAGAUCCUGCGACUCCUGCUGGUCAAAUUCGAGGAACGCGACGUGUUUAUGAGCUCGGAAUACCAGGCGGAAAUCCAGGAGCGCAUGCGCUGCGACCAGAUCCUCGUGCCACAGGUCUUCGUCGACGGGGUGCACGUCGGUGAUGCCGAUACUAUUGAGAGACUAAACGAAACAGGGGAGUUGAGACGAAUUUUAAAACCAUUCAAGAGCCUAGACGUUUGUACGACCUGCAAAGUUUGUGGAGGAUUCAGACUCUUGCCCUGUCAAAUCUGCAAGGGAAGCAAGAAAUCCGUACACAGAAACCACUUCACCGCUGAAUUCGUCGCUCUCAAAUGCAUGAACUGCGACGAAGUUGGCCUUGUGCGAUGUCACUCCUGCUCGUAGUUUGUUGUUUGCUAGGUUUUAUUUCGUAUUGACGGAACUCAGCUGUUCAUGAUGUACAAGGUGUAUCAAAAGUGAAUUAUAGAGACUAAAAAGCCAGAAGCAUCUGGAUUCUCCUGAAGCUUUUUUCAUCACUCUGAAUUGUUGUGUCAUUUGGUUUGAAUUAUCAUAAUGAAAAUGAAAAGUGAAUCAGUUCUGUUACAUUUUUGAAACAACCGUCCUGUACUCAUGUACGUUGCUUUUGGUGCUUUCGUUUCCUGUUCCAUAACAAUUAGAAAACUUAAUUGAUCCGUAAAUUAGUGAAUGGUCUUUGUAAAACACCAAGUAUUUCUCAAAAGUAGUCAUGUUAGUAGUUGAACAAGCGAAUUGUAAAUAUACAGAUCAACAGAAUAAUUUAAUUGAAAUUUUUGAAAGUACUCAUAUAAGAACUUGAAAAUAAGGACAAUAUCUUUUUGGUUGUCUCCUUGAUGUGCCUGACAAAAUGUACGAAAAGUGAACUAUUCAUGCCUCAACUGGGGUUCACUGGGUUCAUCUACAAAAAAUAAUUCGAUCUGUAAUAUACGUAUGCAAUAUUAUUUUGUAAGUCAGAAAUACAAUAAAGUUUUAUAUAUUCGU